AAUUCGUCUUUGAGAUUACUAGUAUUAUUUUUAGAUUAUUUUCCUUAAGAUUAUCAAGCCAGCUAUCUACAUGUGAUAGACACGUUAACUUGGCGUUAUAGAAAUAACCAAAUAUACUAUGAUAUCGUCGUAGGGACUCGAUACAGAUCUACGCAUGUGCCAUGGCAUGCAUGGGGCAUAGCAAAAUCCAAUCAAGUCAGGCUUCGCGUGCAAAAAGCCAGCAGGCGAUCUACGGUCAUAGGAAAAUAGGAACUAAAGGAUUUGCAGGGGUGAGACAAUCUUCCAGGCGACAUCCAGCUGUGCAGACGAGAUGGGGCUGUAUCGAUUUCUCCUGGUGGCGACUACUAUUCUUCCCACCACAAUGGAACAAGCGUUAUCAGGAAGGCAAACAACAUUCUCAGAGGCCCAGGGACGCACACCUCAUCAGGAACUAGAUCCAGCAUUCUGGAAUGACAUGGCACAUCGUGACCUUGACAGGGCCAUUCAGCUCCAGAAGUUGAACUUGAACAUGGCCAAGAAUGUGGUGCUCUUUGUGGGGGAUGGCAUGGGUUUAACCACUGUGACCACAGGGAGGAUUCUGAAGGGACAGUUACAAGGCCAGCCAGGGGAGGAAACUGUGCUGGCUAUGGACUCACUGCCACAUGUGGGCUUGGUCAAGACCUACAGUCUGGACUACCAGGUCCCAGACUCUGCAGGGACAGCCACAGCUUUCCUGUCAGGGGUGAAGGCAGCGAGAGGGACCAUAGGGGUCAACGGUCGGGUACAGCAUGGUGUCUGUGCAACUCAGAAGGGUAACGAGGUCAACUCCAUCCUGGUGUUGGCCAAUCAGGCAGGCAAGUCGACCGGAGUUGUGUCCACCUCAAGCCUUACAGAUGCCACAGUAGCCUCCACCUAUGCCCACAGUGCCAGCAGAUACUGGGACACGGAUGCUAACCUGCCCUGGGAGGCCAUCUACAAGGGGUGCAAGGACAUUGCAGCUCAGCUGGUGGAUAAUGCACCUGACAUAGAAGUGCUUCUAGCAGGUGGACGUCAAAACUUCCUUCCUCGAAGCGUUGCCGACAUGGAGUAUCCUAACAAGUUUGGAACUCGUCGAGACGGCAGGAACCUUGUUGAAGAAUGGAUCACCACAAAACCAGGGACGGCCCGGUUUGUUUGGAACCUGGAUGAGUUCAAUGCCAUUGAUUCAAACAGGACAGACUAUCUUUUGGGACUGUUUGAGCCUCACCACAUGAAGUUUUCCGUUGACCGUGACCUUGAUGGUGCAGGCAAGCCAACUCUGUCCGACAUGACCCAAAAAGCCAUCCAAAUCCUACAGAAGAACAGCAAUGGUUUCUUUCUGCUUGUGGAAGGUGGGCGCAUUGACCAUGGACACCAUGCAAACCAAGCUGUCAGGGCAUUGCACGACACAGUGGCAUUUGAUGAUGCCAUUCAGGUUGCCAAAGACAUGUUGGACAUGCAGGACAGUCUGGUCAUAGUGACAGCUGACCAUUCCCACACCUUCAACUUUGGAGGGUAUCCAAGUCGAGGGCACCCCAUAUUUCGAAAGACUGACUACAACUUUGGCUUUGAACUUCUUGACCGGAAGCCGAUGACGAGUCUGCUGUAUGGCAAUGGGCCAGGCUACAGUCUGUCUGGCACACGGCAGGACAUCACCAAUGUCAACACAGGAAGAAAAGACUACAAACAGCAGAGUGCAGUGCCUCUGGCUCAUGAGACACAUGGCGGAGAGGAUGUACCCAUCUUUGCUGGGGGUCCCAUGGCGCAUCUGUUCCAUGGUGUUCGCGAACAGAACUACAUUGCACACGUCAUGAAGUAUGCAGCGUGCCUCGGAGAGUACCGCGAAAACUGUCACAGUCUGAGAAAGCCAAGAGCAACGAGAGGUGGUGUGGCCGUUAGGUCAUGGGACUUCCAAACAACAAUAGCUGUCUUGAUUUUGGUUGUUGCAAUAAUGUAGCCUGGUAUCCAGACCAAUUAUAGCUGCAGAGUCUCUUUCGUUCCCUCUGCAAUUCUCUAACUCUCCAAUGAGGAUGAAAGAAACCCAGCAACUAUAGAAGGUUUGGAUACUGUGCUCAAGUAAUGAUAUCCAGUUGACACUCAAAUUGUGUCAAAUUUGUACUGAGAACAGCUUAUUGGUCAAAGGUAAAACAGUCUGUUGCAUCUAACAACCUUGAAAUGUUGAGGUCAAAAAGACCUUGGUCACUGCAAACAAGUGCUUCUGAAAAGAGCUGCCAUUUUUGAUUUAAUGAAAAGGAUUUUUACUGGUGGCUAGCUGAGGAGUACAUCAUGAUGGGAUGCGAUUUAUGUAAGAUGUGAAAUUGCUGCUAUAGAUGAAGUUGUCAUUUGAUGGGCAUUAGAAGAUGACUUAUGUAUAAGUAAGGUUGAUUGGGACAAGGGCUGAGCUGUGUACUUAAACUCAGUACCUGUAUGCUGCGUGCCUGUAAUCUGUAGUGGAAGCCUUUUUUCUUGUGUAAAGUAGGUAAAUCUUGUGUCAAAUAUGACAAUUUUAAUAAUCUGCCGGUUGACUGAGAAAACGUAGGAAGAGACUUUAGCCUCAAGUAACGUAAUGUUUCGUUUCAACCUUGUAGUACAUCACUUAAAUGUUGUGGGUCUUUGAAAAU